CUAGGAUAUAAUCAUGUCACAGCGGAACCCGUCAACAUGCCCCUCGACGUCCUUCGUUCGAUCAUUCAUUCAUUUAAACACUCUUUUGAAAGCGCAGGCUAAGCUUGGUCAGUUUUGUUACUGAUCUGGAUCAAUCUGCUUCCUCUCCUUCAAUAUGACGGCCACUCAUGAGGGUGCUGGCUGGUUUCGCCAAAUGUUCAGCGGCGGAUACCAAGAAUUGCCGACGACAAAUGCUGUCAAGGAUAAGACUGAGACCACUCAGAUAGUGCCGAGGAGGUUCUUGCGAUUGUCAACGAGAGGCUUCUUGCUCAUGCUGGCGGCUAUUCUUCUCAUUCCCACGUUUUUGGCUCUUGCGGCUCUCGAGGGCCGACAAUACCUCUCCGAUGGAACGGCUGACGUAUUCGAGAUGGGCGAAACUCAAGAUGCAGCCUCUCCCGUCGCUUCACCCGCUUCGCCCGUUUCGCCCGCUGGCAUCCCCGCCAUGGUCAAGCCUCCCAACAAGGCGGGCAACAUUUUCAACCGCCGCCUCGUCAUCCUCCUCCCAGCCAACGCCCCCGGCGUCAACGUCUGCAAAGCAAUUGUCACAGCAGUUGCCCUUGGAUAUCCCGCCCCCGUCAUCCUGAACUGGGGCAAGAGUGGCUCGCAUCUUGCCAAGAUCGCUGGUGUCCUCGAUUAUCUUGACUGGAGCUCCCGCCAGGGCAGUUCAAGCAAGGACCACUUGAACGAGGAUGAUCUUAUCAUGGUCGCCGACAGCGCAGACUCGUGGUUCCAGCUUCCCCCAAGUGUGCUCCUCUGGCGCUACCAUGCUCUCAACGAAGAGGCCAACGAGCGUCUUCGCGCUCAGUGGCCACACAAGUCAGAGAUGCCCAUGAAGCAGACCAUCAUGGUGUCCGCCCAAAAGAGGUGCUGGCCUCGCGCCAAGUCCGGUUCCAACCUGCACUGCGAUGCUCUUCCGGAGUCUCCUCUUCGUGAGGAUCUGUACGGACCCGAGACAGACAAAGAUCCCAACUUGCGCAUGGUCGAUGUCCGACCCAAGUACAUCAACAGUGGUGCCUUCAUUGGACCUGUCGGUGACAUGCGAAAGUACUUCCGUCGCGCCCAAGAGCGUUACGAGUUUGGAAAGGCUGAGCAGGGAAAUCACUUCUACAGUGACCAGGGCUUCUUUGGUGAGAUCUGGGGAGAGCAAGAGAUGUGGCGCACGUGGCGACGCGAGCUCGGCGAUGCCAUCAAUCCCUCUCACAAUGUUUCCACUAUGGUCCGCGAUCAAUUCGAGUUCCACGUCGGCCUCGACUACAACCAGACCAUCUCCAUCCCCACUGUCUUCGAAGAAGAUGACGGUGACAUCUUGACACUCAACAACCAGACAUAUAUCGCUGAGCGAUCUCGAGAGCUCGAGAUUGAGCCUGUUCGCCUGACUGCUGUCCCCGAGGAAAUUGCCAAUGCGACAAAUCCUCUUGCGCGUAUUCUCUCAGAAGAGGACCGACGCACACUGAACUGGGGCGACAUGACUUUGUACGCCGACUUCUUCACCACCGCUAUUCCCAUCAACAUCCAUCACAACGCCCACAUCAACAACCUGAAGAACCGAAGAGUCUUGUGGUGGGACCGCAUGUGGUUCUUCCCCUACCUCCGCCAGCUUGUCAACGCGCAGCUCACUCAGCGCCGACAGCAGCCUCUGGGUAGGGUUGAAAUCCCCGAAGGUCGGGCUAUCUACUGGGGUCUUGAGGCAUACCGAACUAUCAGGCGGUUCAUGCCUGCUCAGCGUGGUAUGGUCAACACCGACUUGGACACCGUUUGCACGUCAAGUUGGGCCAAGAAGGAGAAGCAGAAUUGGUGGGAUGUGGUGUUCCAAGAUGAACAGGGACCAUUGGUCCUCAAAGCGUGAUUUUAGAUCUUUAAAUGGGUUAUUUGGUGUAUAUUAAUUUUUUAGAAAGGGUUAACCAUGGCAAUUCUGGGUUUGAGCGAGA